AUGUCGCCCUCACAAGAAGCAAAAGUAGCUGUUUACUGGCUUGAGCACUCCCGUGCCCAGCGAAUUGUGUGGCUUUUGGAGGAACUGAAGCUUUCCUACGAACUGCAUAUCUUCAAGCGUCAAAAGAAUAUGCAGGCAGAUCCGAAACUAAAAGAAAUCCAUGCCUUAGGAAAGUCGCCAGUAGUUAUAGUUGAAAAGGAGGGCGCUCCGCAGCCACUGGUAUUGGCCGAAUCGGGGUUCAUCGUGGAAUAUCUCAUUGAAAAUUUUGGGGACAGUGCCACGAUCCAAAGCUACGAGCCGUCCAAAUCAGAUCAACAAGAGUCAGAGUCUUGGAGGAAACAGCGAUAUUUUAUGCAUUAUGUCGAAGGCAGCUUUAUGCCGUUUCUUCAUAUCGAGGCAGUUGUUAGCAACAUCCGCAACGCCCCAGUACCUUUCUUUAUCAAACCUGUGACAAAAAUGAUCUCUGACAGGGUCCACCAGGGCUACCUUGAUCAUAACUUGCAAACUCACUUACGUUUCUUGGAAACUGAAAUCGGAGAGAACCAAUACCUCUGCGGCGACAAGCUCUCUGGGCCCGAUUUUCUAAUCCUCUAUCCACUGCAGGUUCUGGACGUAACCGGUCUUCUAAACAAGAAGGAUUAUCCGAAUUUGAUGGACUAUCUUCUGCGCUUGCAAAACCGUGACGCAUAUCAAAGAGCUGUCGCCAAAAUUGAAACGGCGGGAGCCAGCGUUGGGCCAUUGCCAAGAAUGUGA